GGCGCCAGUGGUGGCUCAGCGGGGCCCCGGGAGAAAGAACUCACUCACGUGGAGGUGCCAGGGAGCCGAUGCCCCAACUAACUUGUUCCUGCAAGUUCCCCGAGCAGCCAGAGCCUCCUCUCCGCCGUCGCCACGAUGUGCAGCCGUCGCUUCACCAAGCGCCCUCAGCUGUGACCGAAAUUGCAGCGCCCGCGCCCGCAGCCAGGUGUGGCCACUGCCCAGCGCGGAGGACCAUGGAGCUCUCGGACAGCGACCGCCCCGUCAGUUUCGGCUCCACAUCGUCCUCGGCCUCUUCCCGGGACAGCCACGGCUCGUUUGGCAGCAGAAUGACCUUGGCAUCUAGCAGCCACCUGGGCCUGUUCCCCCAAGAUAAGGAAGCCGGGGCCAUCAAGCUGGAGCUGGUACCCGCCAGACCCUUUUCCAGUAGCGAGCUGGCUCGGGACAGCCCCUCGGGGCCACCGGGCGCCCAGGAGGGCGGUGAAAAGCAGCCCAGGACACCCUGGAGGGCGGAAGCCAACGGGAUGGCCAAAGCCAGUGCUCAGUCAGCCGCCAGUCCCAAGCUGCUCUAUGUGGAUCGAGUGGUCCAGGAGAUUGUGGAGACCGAAAGGACGUAUGUGCAAGAUCUGAAAAGCAUCGUAGAGGAUUACCUCGACUGCAUUAAGGGUCAAGCGAAACUUCCUCUGGGAAUGGAAGAAAGAUCCGCGCUUUUUGGAAAUAUCCAAGAUAUCUACCGCUUCAAUAGUGAACUUCUACAAGAUUUGGAAAACUGUGAAAACGAUCCGGUGGCCAUCGCAGAGUGUUUUGUGUCCAAGAGUGAAGAGUUCCACAUUUACACCCAGUAUUGCACCAACUACCCCAGCUCGGUAGCUGUGUUAACCGAAUGCAUGAGGAACAAGAUGCUGGCCAAAUUCUUCAGGGAACGUCAGGAAACUCUGAAGCACUCUCUUCCCCUGGGGUCGUAUCUUCUGAAACCCGUCCAGCGGAUUCUCAAGUAUCACCUCCUCUUGCAUGAAAUAGAAAAUCACCUUGCCAAGGACACAGAAGGUUAUGACGUGGUGCUUGAGGCCAUCGACACCAUGCAGCGGGUAGCCUGGCACAUCAAUGACAUGAAACGGAAGCACGAGCACGCUGUGCGCCUCCAGGAGAUCCAGAGUUUGCUCACUAACUGGAAAGGACCGGACCUGACCAGCUAUGGAGAGCUGGUGCUGGAAGGCACCUUCCGCAUCCAGAGGGCCAAGAACGAGCGGACGCUUUUCCUCUUCGACAAGCUGCUUCUCAUCACCAAGAAGAGAGAUGACACCUUCACCUACAAAGCUCACAUCCUGUGUGGCAACCUCAUGCUUGUGGAAGUGAUCCCCAAGGAGCCCCUCAGCUUCAGUGUCUUCCACUAUAAGAAUCCCAAACUGCAGCAUACAGUUCAGGCUCGGUCCCAGCAAGACAAACGCCUGUGGAUUCUCCACUUGAAGAGACUCAUCCUGGAGAAUCACGCAGCAAAGAUUCCAGCUAAGGCCAAGCAAGCAAUACUGGAAAUGGAUGCCAUUCACCACCCCGGCUUCUGCUACAGCCCUGAGGGAGAGACGAAAGCCUUCUGCGCGUCGAGAAACAGCUCCACUCCCUACCGCCUGCGGAGGAAGUCAGAACCUUCCUCAAGGACACAUAAAGUUUUAAAGACCAGUGAAACAGUACAAGACAUCCAAAAGGCGUCCGGAGAGGAGGGGUCCCCCCGGCUGCCCUGCGCGGUCUCCACGCCGGCGCAGAGAGCCAGUCAGCCCAGCGUUGGCGGUGGCGGUGGCGCGGCCCUGGUGGGCACGCGGAACAUCUGGACCGACCACCAGAUCCGCCAGGCCCUGUUCCCCAGCCGCCGCUCCCCGGAGGACGAGGACGACGAUGACUACCAGAUGUUCCUGCCGUGCGAGGACGGCGCGGCCAGCCGCCCCUGCAGCUGGCACCUGGGGCAGAUGGAGGCCUCGGGCAGCCCCGGGGCCGGCCACCGCGUGGUCCGGCGGGCCAGCAGCGCCGGCGAGAGCAACACGUGCGCGGCCGCCGAAGUCAGGACCCGGGACAGCGGCGGAGUCUGCGGCGCCCGCACCCCAAGGGUGCUGCAGGACCGGCCCCCCGCGGGCGCUCAGGAGGAGGACACCACCACGCCCUUCGGGUCGUCUCUGGAGCUGACCGCAGACCCCCUGGACCACGUGUAUGACAACAUCAGCUACGAGGACCUAAAAUUCCUGGUGGCCCAGAGAGAGGCCGCGGAAACGUCGCCCCCCAAGCCCAGCCGGGGCUCCGUGCGUCCCAAGAGCACCCCGGAGCUGGCCUUCUCCAAAAGGCGGGCGGGCCACGAGCCGGGCUCCCUGCGUCCCAUGGAAGAGGGACCCCUGCCUGGCCAGGUGGCAGCAGCCAGCCCAAGUGCACGGGAGCCAGAGGAGGAGGAGGAAGAGGAGGAGGAAGAGAACAUCUAUGACACCAUCGGGCUGCCUGAACCGGCCCCCGUGGGGGACUUCAGGGGCAGCAGCCUCAAGCCGCCCAAGAGGACCAGCUUCCUGGGCCUGGACACCGACUUCGCCUGUUGCGACAGCCUGCGGCCCUUCGUAUCACAGGACAGCCUGCAGCUGAGCGAGGACGAGGCCCCAGCCACCCGCCCGCGACCCCCGGCCCACAGGGACCCCGAGUACCUGAGCGGGCUCUAUGGCGCCUCGGCCAGCACCAAGUCGCUGUCCGACAAGUUGUCCGAGGAGGUGGACGAGAUCUGGAAUGACCUGGAGAAUUAUAUCAAGAAGAACGAGGACAAGGCACGUGAGCGGCUGCUGGCCGCUUUCCCGGUCAGCCAGGACGAUGUGCCCGAUGGGCCCCACGCCCAGGGUCGCCCAGCGCUGCCCAGCCGGGAGGCGACUCGUGCCCCGUCCACCCUCUCCCUGCCGGGGAGCCAGCCUCUGAGCUCCCCACUGAAAGGCAGGCCAGGCCGGGCCGGCCGCGCCAACUGGCUGCAGGAAGGUGACCGCAUCGCCCCAGAAGAUGCCAGGGGGACCCUGAACCGGCUCUCGCUGGCCAGCGAACUGUCUCCGCUGGGAAAUCCCUAUGACCUGGUCAACAGCCACCUGCCCCAGACGGACCCCGAAGGGGCAGAGCUGGAGCUGGACCCCACCGAUAAGACCAAGAGCCGCGUGUUCAUGAUGGCUCGCCAGUACAGUCAGAAGAUCAAGAAGGCCAACCACCUGCUGAAGGUGAAGGGCCCUGAGCCUGAGCAGACCCCAGCUAGCCAGACGCACAAGCCCACGCCCCGGGACCUGGCGGCCAUCCUGGAGGACAAGAAGCAAGGCGGGCCCGCCAUCGGUGCCAGGAUUGCUGAAUAUUCCCAACUGUAUGACCAGAUCGUCUUCAGAGAGACUCCAGUGAAAAUGCAGAAGGAUGGUUGGGCCACCCCGCAACCACCGUCGGGCCCCACGGCCUCUGCCUCGGUGUCUCCUGCCCAGCUUGGCAAUGAGGACUGGCUUUUGAAUUCGACCUACAGCAAUGGAGAGUUGGCAGAUUUCUGUCCCCAGUCCGAGCUAGACUUGAAGUCCAAGUACCCCACGUUAGAGCCGAGCCGGAAAAGCACGCCACGGAAGCUGUCCACGGCCUUCUCUGUGCCAUCGCUUCAGACGGCCGACCCCCUGCUGGGCUCCGUGCAGAGACAGAGUGUCAUCGUGAGUCAGCCCAACAAAGACACCUCGGGUCAGGGGCCCCUCUACAACUCCCUGGGUCGAAAGGGGCUGGGGGGCCCCCCACAGCCCUACAGCAGGUCCCAGUCAUCGUCUUCCAUCCUGAUCAACAAGUCCAUGGAGUCCAUCAGCUACCCCGGAGAACUGGGGCCACCGCAGCCACUGACCCCGCACAUGGGCGCCCGUGGGGACAGCCUCCAGGAUUUGCUGCCUAGGAUGACUGAGUCUUGUCUGCAGGGCAGGGACAAACACUCCGACCUCACCCUCCAGGAUGCGCAGAAGGUUCUGGUCGUGAACAGAAACGUGGCCUUGAAGGCCCAGAUCGCCACCCAGAACUAUUUUUCCAAUUUCAAAGAGACGGAAGCAGAGGAAGAUGACUAUGUGGAGAUCAAGUCAGAGGAAGACGAGGCCGAGUUUGAGCUGACGCACCAUCGUCGGACGAAGUCGGACCCCAAGCUCGUGGACAGUUACUUCCCCCAUAGCCUCGGCAGCAAGGACCCCGCAUAUGCCUUGAAUAGUCCCUGCACUCCCAAAAAGCCAAUGGCCGGCAGCCUGGGCCUUGGGCCUUAUCUGACCCCGUACAACGAGGCCGACAGACUGAAUGACUAUCUCUGGCGAGGGCCAUCUCCUACUCAGCAAAACAUCGUCCAGUCGUUAAGGGAGAAAUUUCAGUGUCUUAGUUCCAGCAGCUUUGCCUAAGUUUC